ACGGGGCCGGGGGCAGGCUCGGAGCUCAGAAGUCUUGGCUACGCCAUGGCCCCGGGUUUGCAGCUCUGUCUCCUUUUCCUGCUCCAGUUUCUUCUCGAGGCUGCCCCCAGGUCUUUCGAGGUGGAUCGACAGCGGGGCGUAUUCCUGCUGGACAGAGUUCCCUUCCGCUACGUGUCCGGCAGCAUACAUUACUCCCGAGUCCCCAGCCCACUUUGGUCCGACCGACUCCACAAGAUGCGCAUGAGCGGCCUCAACGCAGUGCAGGUUUAUGUGCCUUGGAACUAUCAUGAGCCACAACCCGGAGUCUACAACUUCCAAGGCAACCGAGAUCUGGUGGCAUUUCUGAAGGCAGCAUCCGAUGAAGACUUGUUGGUGAUUUUGAGGCCAGGCCCCUACAUUUGUGCAGAGUGGGAAAUGGGGGGUCUCCCAGCUUGGUUGCUUCAAAAACCUGACAUUGUCCUGAGAACUUCAGAUCCAGAUUUCCUUGCUGCAGUGGACUCUUGGUUCCGUGUCUUGAUGCCUAUGGUACAGCCCUGGCUGUACCACAAUGGGGGCAAUAUCAUCAGUGUCCAGGUGGAGAAUGAAUAUGGCAGCUACUUUGCCUGUGACUUUAGAUACAUGAGACACCUGGCUGGGUUAUUCCGGGCACUACUAGGGGAUCAGAUAUUCCUGUUUACCACAGAUGGACCACGUGGUUUGAGUUGUGGAACCCUACAGGGUCUCUAUUCCACUGUGGACUUUGGCCCAGAUGACAACAUGACUGAGAUCUUUGCCAUGCAGCAGAAGUAUGAGCCCAAUGGGCCCCUGGUGAACUCAGAGUACUACACAGGAUGGCUGGACUACUGGGGUGGGAAUCAUUCGAAAUGGGAUACAAAGACCUUGGCCAGUAGAUUACAAGAUAUGCUGGAGUUGGGAGCAAAUGUGAACAUGUACAUGUUCCAUGGAGGCACCAACUUUGGCUACUGGAAUGGUGCUGAUUUUAAGGAGAUCUAUCAGCCUGUCACAACCAGUUAUGACUAUGAUGCACCUCUCUCUGAAGCUGGAGAUCCCACACCCAAACUACUUGCCAUCCAAAGUGUUAUCAGCAAGUUCCAGGAACUUCCCUUGGGGCCUUUUCCCCUCCCCAGCCCCAAGAUGAAGUUUGGACCUGUGACCCUGAAGCUGGCUGGUGAUCUGCUGAACUUUCUAAAUGUCCUGUGCCCUGAUGAACCCAUCCGAAGUCACUUACCCCUAACUUUUGAGGCUGUCAAGCAGGAUUAUGGCUUCUUACUAUACAGGACACAACUGCCCCAGAACUUGACGAAACCAACUCCACUCUGGGUACAGAACAACGGUGUCCGCGACCGUGCCUAUGUGAUGUUGGAUGGGGUGUCUCAGGGCAUUCUGGAACGAGACAAGGAUGAAGCACUGUUUAUGAUAGGGCAGGCAGGAUCCACAAUGGAUGUGCUGCUGGAGAAUAUGGGGAGGAUCAGCUUUGGGUACAACAUCAGUGACUUUAAGGGCCUGAUACAGCCUUUGGUCCUGGGGAAUGUUGUCCUCACUGACUGGCUGCUCUUUCCUCUGAAUAUUGAUGCCCUUAUGGACUCAAAGAAUAGGGUAUUUGAGACCCAAGAGCGCAAUUUGAAGUCUCCCUCUGGUCCAGCCUUCUACUCGGCGACUUUUCAACUCACAGGUCCUCCUUGGGACACCUUUCUAUACCUUCCCGGCUGGACCAAGGGCCAGGUCUGGAUUAAUGGGUUUAACCUGGGCCGUUACUGGACAAGGCGAGGCCCACAACAGUCACUCUACGUGCCAGGACCCCUGCUCUUGCCUACAGGGGCCCCCAACAUCAUCACACUGCUGGAGCUGGAGCAUGCACCUCCUAGGACACAAAUCCAGUUUCUGGACAGACCUCUGUUUAAUGCCACUCUCCACUAAAUAUAUUGAUGCCAACCUCUAGCUGACUGCUCCAGGGAAGGCAUCUUAGGCCUAAUGUGAAGAAGGCCUGGGUUGUGAGGUGGCUCAGUGGCUUUUCCUGAGGACUGUUCUGGCAGAGAGGAUAGCAAUUUACAAGUGUUUAUCAAAUUUUAUUGCAUUAAAUUUCAGAGACACAGUACCUUCUCCCUC